AAACAUGAAAAUUCCAUAUGUAGUAUCAUCGAAUACGCGGAAAGCGUACAGCACAUCGGAAUUGAUGAAAGCUUCCCCUGGAGAGGCUUCUCGCAAAAUCAAUGCUGAAGAUUUUGAGUGGGAUGAUGAAUUGACUCCAGCGCCUCUUACAUAUUUCGCUGCAUUAGCGCUAUCUAGAAUAUUUCACAGACUUAAUCCGCUUCGGAAAAUAUUGCAAAAAGAUAUAGAUAUGCUCAUGGACCUAUACCCCGCUGAUAUACCUCUAAAGUUCAGCGUACCUUGUAUUAAGGACGAACAAUAUUGGAAGAGAUCCUUUUACUCAAAGUUUCCGUCACGGAAAGAAAUGGGCGUUUCAUAUUGGAAAGGGAAAUUUUUAUCAGCAUGUCUGCAGGAUUACUUGGAAAAUGUUAAACCCGAUAUAUUUAUUGAAGAAGAUGCAAUCGAGCUGGCAAAACUGGUCAGCCCAUAUAUUUUUGAAUUGGGUCUUAAUCAAUUGCAAAUGGUACGCCAGCCUACACCUCCUGUUCUAAGUGAAGAUGCUGUAGAAGAUGCUUGUAUAUAUAGUGUACCAAAAGUAUAUGAUCACAUACCGUUAGAACCAGUAUUAGUGAGGUUAUUUAAUUUAAACGAAAUUUCCCUCAUAUUUGGUAUUAAUAACCUGCAAGACGGCUACUUGAUGAGAUAUUUCGAAUUUUCAUUAGCGGACUGUGAAUCCUUGUGUAGAGGCCUCGAAUAUUUACAGCAUUUGAGAAUAUUUAGAAUUAAUAGAAGCAAUUUAGACUGUUCGAAAGUAAAAUUAAUUUUACAAAACCUCGUGAAAAGAGAGUCUAUCGAGGAAUUGGAUUUUAAUCAUUGUAAAAUUGGUGAUUAUGGGAUGAAGGCAUUGGGAGGUUUUAUUUUCAUUCAUAAAAAUGUGAAAAGAAUACGAAUAGCAAACAAUAGAUUCAAGGAGGUCGGUGUUCAAGGCAUCGCUUAUGCUUUACAAAUGAAACCAGCUGCGCCGAUAGAGCUCUUGGAUUUCAGUUUGAAUCCAAUGUCGUUGGAAUGUGCGACAAUAUUUGCCGCAGCUUUUGUAAGAUGCAAGGAAAAACCUCAAACAUUGAUUGUUAACUCUUGUGGUUUUCACGGAGCGUCAGCAGAAAAGAUGGCAGGUUUGCUAAGUCUUAACCGUGGUCUGACGAGAUUAGACAUGGCUGCCAAUAACUUAUCCGGCGAAGCGGAGAAGACUCUUAUUCAAGCUUUAGAACAAAAUAAAAGAGUAUUGAGAGUCGACUUGCGUAGUACACAUAUAUCAGAAGAAACACAAGCCAAGGUGAAUGAGCUGUUGGAACGUAACAAAAAGCUUGUAGGACAAGAAACAGAACCAAGCGAGGAGAUUCCACCGCUGUAUCUCAACGAACCGGAAUAUUUAAUAUGGGAAUACAAUCCUAAUAACCCGGACUACAUUCCCGGUAGAUACCCUGAAAGGAUCCCGGAAGUAUAAGACGAGUUAUACUAUGGAAGACGUUUUUUAUAUCAUGGUUUAUAUGUAUUUAUUUUUGGGCCCUUGUAAUAAAUGUAGUUUUCCCCGUGACCCAAUGUUGAAACUGUCUAUACGCUGUCGUGGAGCUGCGGUUUCGAGAUGGCCUCCACAUAC